GAUUGAGCCUGAAAAAGUCCUCCGCCUUCCUCAAAGCGUUGAAAGGGGAGCCUCGCUAUGUCUUGGCCCAGAAUGUGGCUACUUCAACGGACCUCCUGGAGGGAACCCUUGACCGGGAAGUUGUCCAAAACACCCUGCAGGUCUUCCAACACGCCGUACCGGCUGAAGGGAAGCCGAUCACCAACCAAAAGAAUUCAGGACGCUGCUGGAUCUUCUCCUGCCUGAACGUGAUGCGCCUGCCCUUCAUGAAGAAGCUCAACAUUGAGGAGUUCGAAUUCAGCCAGUCCUACCUCUUCUUUUGGGACAAGGUCGAGCGCUGCUACUACUUCCUCCACGCCUUCAUUGAGACCGCCCAGGAGCCCGUCGACGGACGGCUGAUCCAGUUCCUGCUCACCAACCCCUCCAACGAUGGCGGCCAGUGGGACAUGCUGGUGAACAUCAUUGAAAAGUACGGCGUUGUCCCCAAAAAGGUUUUUCCUGAAUCCAGCACUUCCGAGACCUCCAGACGGAUGAAUGACAUUCUAAACAAUAAGAUGCGGGAAUAUUGCCUCCGACUAAGAAACAUGGUAGAAACGGAAUGCAGCAAAGAGGAACUUUCCGGAGCCGUGGACACCAUGAUAGAAGAGGUCUUCCGGGUGGUCAGCAUCUGCCUGGGGAACCCCCCUACCACCUUCUCCUGGGAAUAUUACGACAAGGAGAAAAACUACCACAAGAUCGGUCCGAUCAGCCCUGCGAAGUUUUACCAGGAACACGUCAAGCCGCUCUUUGAUAUGGAGAGCAAGGUGUGUCUCGUGAACGAUCCUCGACCCCGGAACAAAUACAACCAGCUCUACACGGUGGAGUACCUGGGCAACAUGGUGGGCGGCCGGAAGACCCUGUACAACAAUCAGCCGGUGGAGCUGUUGAAAAAGAUGGCGGCGGCAUCCAUUCAGGAUGGAGAGGCCGUGUGGUUCGGCUGCGACGUCGGGAAGUGUUUUAACAGCAAGCUGGGCAUCAACGACAUGAAGAUACCCAGCCCUGUUCCCGAAGAACCGGAGGAGGGCUACGAGAAGUGGCGCGUGGAGAAUUCGUGGGGCGAAGACCGUGGGAAUAAAGGUUACCUGCUCAUGACGGACGCCUGGUUCUCCGAGUUUGUGUACGAAGUGGUAGUUGACCGCAAACACGUCCCGGAGGAAGUCUUGGGGGUCUUACAGCAGGAGCCCCUUCGCCUGCCCGCCUGGGAUCCAAUGGGGGCUUUGGCCAACUGAGCGGUCGGGACGAGGAGGGGACACCCCCCCUCUCCUUCUGGGUCAACUCCAAGCCAGCAGGGAC